AUGGGUAACACUAUAUCAUACAGAAUUGCGGAUCACCAACUUGAUCUCGGCGACGGGAAUGGUUCGAUUAAGGGACUUCAAUAUGAUUCAAAGGCAAGUCGAUAUGCUGGAGUACCGUAUAUAUCCCAUGAUGGCGGGCCAUUCGACGCAACGAGAUUUGGACCAAUUUGUUCACAAGAUUUGCACUAUACAUCAUCCAAGAAAGAUCGACUCCCCGAAGAGGCGUAUGGUGAAGAUUGCUUGAGACUCAAUAUCUGGACACCAGUUAAUUCAGACGAAAACAAGAAAUGGCUUGUGAUGCUAUGGCUUUAUGGAGGGUGGUUUCAAAUGGGAGAUCCAUCACACGAAGCAGGAAUGGAUCCGACCGAACUCAUCUCAUCGGGAAAACUGAACGCGAUUGUGGUAGCUAUAGAGUAG